AAAAGGGGCAGCGCGGUGGACCAAAAACGGCGAGGAGCGACGAAAAUUUGGCCUAUCGGGGUUCGGUAGAGGUUUUUGCCACAAGAUGGCGGGCCUUUGCGCAUGCGCAGUACGCCCGUGAGCAGGUCCGGUCAGGAAAUGCCUUUCGCGCAUGCUCAAAGCGCCCCCCCCCUCAAGAUCGGAAGUUGGGGACGCCGUCCUUAGAACAAACGCUCGAGUCGGUCCCGUGGAAGACGUCUCUUGUUGUCCGUGAUACUAUUAACGAGGCCAGGAUCGUCAUCAUCUGCUCGUUAGCCUCGCAAGCUAGCUCGGAGCCGGUUAGCCGCGAACAAAGGCCGCCGUCGACUCGUCUUUCUCUUUUUCUCUCCCUCCCUCUCUUUCUUUCUUUCUUUCUUUGCUUGGGCAAGAUGUUUAAAGUGCAGAUGCUGCGGGCGAUGGUCAACGAGCGGCUGAGCGCGGCCGUGGAGGAGGUCUUCGCCGUGUUGGAAAGAACCAUAGCGGACUACGAGGAGGAGCUUUGUCGAACCAAAGACGAGAACCGGCGACAGCGUCAACUACUCGACGCCGUUUUCAAACCUCACGCGGACGCACGCGCGCCAGAUGCGCAAGGGUGCCCCCGCGUGAAGGAGGAGGAGGAGCAGCGAGCGGACGAGGCCGACCUCGGCAAGCCGGCGGUGACGCGCGUCGUGGUCAAGAGCGAAGACGAAAGCGAGGAGAAGGCGCCGUCGGACGGCGACGCCGCCGAGCGGGAGGGCGCCCGUCCGCGGCGCGGCGGUCGAAGACGUUUGAAAAGCCGGGCCGACGCGGAGGAGGGGCGGCCCGGGGCGCCGCCGCCGCCGCCGCCGCCGGCCCGAGCGGAGCCCCCUUUCUCGUGUUCCGCGUGCGACGUGACCUUCAAGUUCCAGUCCACCUACCUCGGCCACAUGAGGAAGCAUUCGGGCGCCAAGUCGUUCCCCUGCGGCGUGUGCCAGGCCACCUUCCGCUUCCGCUCCACCUUCGUCAACCACAUGAGGACGCACACGGGCGAGAAGCCCUUCGCCUGUCAGGUGUGCAACGCCAGCUUCGGCGUCCACUCGUCGCUCUUGAGGCACGCGCGGCUGCACACGGGCGAGAAGCGCUUCGCGUGCUCCUUCUGCGACAAAAGGUUCCCCCGAAAGGCCAGCCUGGUGGAGCACGUGAGGAUCCACACCGGAGAGAAACCGCUGUCGUGUCCCGUGUGCCGCAUGAGCUUCAGGUUUCAUUCCAAGCUGGUCAAACACAUGCGAACUCACGAGGGACACCGAGCUUCGGACCGCGCCGCCUCUGGCCGAGCGUUCGAGUCCGGGCCGAGGCCGGACGAACGCGCGUGCGCCGGCGGCGAAAGCGGCCGCGCUCAAACUGGCCCCAAGGUGUAGAUUUCACCGUCGCCGCAGAAAAAAAAACUCAUCUGGGAGUGUAUUUUGCUUGACCUCCUCCUUGUGUCCAUUUCGAAAAUCGGCCUUGAAUGUCCCCCUGGCCCAAAAUAAAGUUUGUUCCAUUUGAA